UUGUUUCGGUUUACAGCUUCGUAAGGAUUGUGCUUGCAGUUCGACAUUUGACACUUGACGCCCUGUACUCUACGUAACUGUAAACAAGCAAACAUGUAGAGGUGUAGCAGGCUGACCAACGUACAGUGCAUGGAUCUACCCGGUGUACAUGUUUUGACGUGCUAGCUGUUCCGUUGUUACAGGGCAGCUUGUAACAGACUUGACUCAUCUCCACUAAAACAAAUGUCAUCCCAUGAUGGAUGACAAGCACAAGAAUAUCCUGCGUGUGAAUCGCACAAAGUUGUUGGAGGAAAUGUAUAACUUCAAGAACAUCAUCGACAAGCUGAUAGAGAAGGGAACAUUGAACAAUAGUCUGAAAGACAACAUAAUGUACGCAGGCAACCCUACUGACAUAAAAAGAGAACUGCUGGACUGUUUGCCUCGGAGAGGACCAGGAGCAUUCGAAGAGUUUUACGAAGCCCUUAUUGAGUCGGACAACGGACAUGUGGCAGAUAUUCUGAAACCUGAACAAGCUAAAUCAAGAAAAGCUCAGGAACAAAAGCGCCGCCAAGUCCACCGUCCAAUCCAGGAGUCCCACCCGGAUGACCACCUUGAUGAUGACCUUCCAGCUGUGUGGCCAGAUGAGAAUUACAACCCCCUGGUUGUGAAAGUUCAAGAGGCCAGCGGAGACCCCUACAUGCUGAGUAAUUUCAGGAAGUCUGCGGAACCCAGAAGUACGGUGUACAGUAUGCAGAAACAACCGAGAGGCCUGGUACUGAUUAUCAGCAAUGAAGACUUCUCACAAGCCCGGAAGAAUGAGGAAGCGAAAAACCUUGAGGACCGGAAAGGAUCAGAAACUGAUGCCACAUCUUUGGAUGUGUUAUUUCAACAGUUGCAUUUCAAAACUGUCAUUCAUAAGAAUCAAACAAAAGAAGGUAUCAUGAAGAUAGUCCAAGACCUGCAGGAGGACUUGAAGCAGGAGCAGCAGGAGUGUUUCAUCUGCUUCCUGUUGUCCCAUGGCACCGGUGGGGGAGUAUUUGGCGUUGAUGGUAAAGUGGCAGAAGUCAAGGAAAUCACCACACUCUUCGACAACGAGCACUGCAAACCCCUAGCAGGAAAACCCAAACUGUUCUUUAUCCAAGCAUGUCGUGGAAACAAGAGUGACAUGGGUGUGGUCCUGCCCCCCGACCAGCAGGAAGACCCCCAAAAUGAUGAUGUGAGACUCCGAGAGCAGGUCAAAGACAGGGAGAGCCUGUUGAAGUCCUUUAAUGGUAUGGCAGUUUCCCAGCCAACUGAUACUGUGCCGGACGCAUGCGCUGAGAUGAAGGUGCCGAAAGGAGCAGAUAUCUUUGUGGCCUUUGCAACAACACCAGAUUACGUGUCGUUUCGCAACACACAGCGGGGGACAUGGUUUGUGCAGGCUAUCACCUAUAUCUUCCAGCGAUUCGCCUACCGGAAGGACCUGUCAGACAUGAUGACUAAGGUGAAUCUUCUGGUUACCCGUGGCAACAUGAUGCAGGUAACUCAGUGCGAGACAACGUUGCGGAAAUCCCUCUACUUCUUCCCAGGACUCAACAAGAAUGAUAACGACAUCCAGCCAGUGCAGGCGUCAGACUGAUUUGGACAUUCAAACUUGAUCUCACAAUUUUAUCCAUAUAAAACAUUAUAUUCGAAGUGAUGGGUUUGGAAACAUUCACUUCUUACACAUUUGUUCCUUGAUGCUUCAUUUAUUGCAGGAAAUGUUUCAAGUUUAACCGUGUCUGUUUUGUUGUCAGUCUGAGCGAUGUGAGCUACAGAGCCACAGCAUUGAUCCGUAUGUUACUAUUCAUAGUUUACGAUAGAGUAAAAACUACCAUCAGUCAUCAUGGUGUUUAACACUGGCCAGGAAUCAGUAGUUGUCUCAUAUCACCCAAUAGAUCAGUCAAACUGUAUCAGUAUUUC